AUGGGCGAUGGAGCGAAUGUGUUCAACACGUUCAGCUUCAAUAAAUGGGCCGACGGGAAACGCGAAGAAGAGAUCGACAAGGAAAGCCGAAGACGUCGGGCUGAACAGGUGUGUUCCACACCGAUUUGCCAAGCAACCUUGCACAGAUCAAACGUCUCAAAGAACGUCUGAGGAAAGAGAGAGCUCUUCGAGAAAGUGCCGGCGACGGAGAUCUUGACCUAGAAGCUCUCAUCGAAGCUCUCCAGCGUGGAGAAGUCAUCAACCCAGGUUAGUUUUUCUCGGAGAGUCGAAACCGUAAAAACUGAGAGACAACGUCCCUGAGCCGGCAGUCCAAAGGCCGAUGACGAGACCCACGAAGACGGACGACGUAGCUCCAAAAAGCGAAGAACUGAGCGACGAGUACAUUUUCAACGAGAUCAACCUUUACGCCUCGACGCACCCCCAUGGCAACGCGGUCCCCAUCUCUAAAACCGGUAACGAAAAUUAUUUCCAAAAUUUUAGGCUUCUUCAGUCUGUUUAUCACAAAAUUACGGGAAAUUAUCUCAUUGCGUAUCAACUGCAUUAUUCUCUGCAGACCAAAGGUGCAAUAAAGUGGGAAAUGAAUUUCCGCCGUUUUCCUGAAACUAAAAAAUGACCAGAACUAGUCUUUUUUCAAACUGAAAUCGUUUCUUCGUUUUGCGAAUCUUCUUAUAAGCUUUUUCCAGCAGAUAAAGUCGAAAUAAAUGAUAUCCUAGCAGGUUUCAGGCCUUUUCUAUUUUGAAAAUGGCGGAAAAUCGUUUUCCACUUUAUUGCAUGCAUACGCCCUCAAAUAAAUUCAAAACGAAAUUUUGAAUCGAGAAUUCAAAAAAGCUUUAAAUUCGAGCUUUUAUUUUUGAUUCUUCAUUGAACCACUUCAGAUACGCGACAUUGGCAAUACAACCGAAGGAAUCACGAUGAAGACGCUUCGCGAAAGGCGAUUCAGCAGUUGCCGAGCUCCCACAGCUUCAAAUACAAUCGAAUCCUAACCAAAAACUAGACUUAGUCUUUUUUCCGAAAAUUUCCAUGUGAAUGAAAACUUUUUUGAAAACUUUUCGUUCACGAGCUGUGAAAAAUACAGAAAGAGAUGUUCGAUAGGAUGGACGAGGUGUCAAUUGGCCGAAGUGGCGUGUUUAUAGACCAAAAGGACUGCUUAUUAACGGCGUCCUGCUGAUUUUUCUGUAAACUGUUCUUCCUCAACUAACAGGCUCCUUCUCAGUUUUUCUCUUUUUUUUCGAAUAUAAGCAGUUUACAGUGCGGAUUUUCAAAGACACACAUCGAAAAUUUAUCACUUUGAACUUUUGAAAAACAUUUUGAAAAUCAAACACAAACUUCUGGUUGCAGAGUCAUGAGAUAUUUGAACUGGCUCGCAGUCGUGGUUUUAUCGAGUCUUCGAGGUUUGGAGACAUCGAACGAAACGGUGAAGACACGUCUCAAUUUCGAGUUUUUCAAGUUUUUCAGCAAGAGUGGACAUCAUGUUGUGAGUAGACGUUCUAUGUUUUGAAAUAAAUAAUGAAAGAAUUCAGGUGGACCAGGAGAUCCCCAAAAUUACUAUUCCAAACAUCUCAUUCCCCAUAACGACGCCUCUGGGAGCAGGAUCUGUCUCCACGGACGAGCUCAAAAUCGACAAGUUUUCGACUCCGCAGUGAGUCAUUCUCCGACAAAUAAGUCGUUGAUUUCGAAAAUACCAAUUCCGUGAGAGUCCUGAAUAGCAAUAGAGUCUAGGAAUAUUGUAUGUCAAAAGGACUUUUUUUAAAGCUAUAUCGGCCAAUAAACGUUUGUAGGACCUGAAGAUAGGAUUUUUUGGCUGAUAAAAUCCGCAAUAGGCUAAUUGAAGGUCCAGAAAGUCUGAAACUGAUAUCUAGUUUUUGAGAGCGCAGUCUUGCCUGUAAAAAAAAACUUUGAGAGAAAGUAAAAGAUUUUUGGUAGAAUAACACUUUACCAAUAAUUUCUUUUGCUGUUUUAGUGGAAGAUGUGAUCGGCUAGGCGGUGAACGAGAAUUUUUGAAGCUACAACGAAGAAAAGCCAGAAAAAACGCAAACUAGAAGUUCAAACGAGUACUUGAUUAAGUUGAAAGCAUAGUCGUACGGUCUUUCGCGUCGGUCUUCUGCGUGUAGUUCAUUCCGUUGCGUCUUAACGAGCUCAGAAUGUAGCGGAUGUUGUGGCUAGGGCCCGGAUACCGUGGUUUAGAUGAAAGCCUCGAGAUGACAGCGUCCAUGAAAGAGUGAAGCUUUUGAACGAAAUGAAAACUGUGAAAGAGAAAAGAAAAAACAUUUCAGUAUCGAUUUCCUACUGACGUCGUCAGGCAUCUCGUGGGGGAGUCGGGGCGGCGGAGUCAAACUCCGAGGUUUGUGGGGUGCCGAGUUCACACAAGUCGUAACGGUAACAUUGUCUUUGAGUAAGAAACGUCACGAUUUCCCGUAGGUUCGUGACUCAGGCUGGGUGCAAGCCAUAGCGACAGACAUCCGACUGAACCUCUCGGCAAAGGUGUUCGCCUUGGAUGGCAAGCCUCAGAUCGACAUCGGCGAGUGCACUGUAGACAUCGUUCAUCUCGAUGUCCAGUGAGAUUCAUUUUUUUAUCGAUAUAAUCAAAAAAAAAAUCUAAAUCUCGUCAUAUUUCAUUUUGAAAACCUCAAAACGACCAACAACUGGGCGAAUGGUUAUUCGAAACUUUUAAAAUUAAAAGUUGAAGGAUUGGAGGCAGCGUUAUUUCUUGGCUGGUCAACCUUUUUCGAACUCCCUUCUCGGCUCUUCUCAAAACUGUCAUCCAUAAUCAGGUCAGUUUCUGAGAGCUCCUCUCAAAAUCUAUGCUUUACGGCGAAAGCUUCGUGUUUUACUCUCUUUUUAAAAAAGUUUCAAUGAGAGCUUCUUUGAAAUGUUGUCACUGAUAGGCUUGUGUUGCUGCGCAAGGGAUUCUCCUAGAAGAAAGCAACAAGUUUCUGCAUUCUCUCCCGUCGCACGUUGACUUGGGAAAACACUUCUACGCCGACUAUUACCUCGUCGCCAACCCUCGCUCAACAGAGUUUGAUCCUUCCCCAUUUGAUCAAAUGAACGUUUCUCGACUUAAGUGAGUUCGUCGAAGUUAUUCUUUCGGCUGACGUCGUUUACGGCAAUACGACCUGCAAGUCAUCAAGCAACGUCUCCUGGUCAGGUAAGCUCGGUCCUCAGAUCAACUGACAUUCCAUCUUCUUCUCAUGCAUUUAUGGGUCUCAGGCUCUGGACAAUUCUAGGGAGUCAACAAGGCUAAUUUUUUUUUUUUUUUUUUUUUCAACAUCUUCAUUUUCAAUCAAUCAUUCAUUUUGUUGUUUUAGUCAUAGAUGUAAUCAACUAGGAUGUGAAAAAGAACUUUUGAAGUAAUAACGAACAACCGUCUCUGACGAAAUAUAAAUCCGAACGCGUAGUUGAUCAAGUAUGAAUCUUGGUCUCCUUCGCCACCUCUUUCUGCCCUAUCUUCAUCCGUUGAAGAGCUUAUCGAGCUUGGUUAGAGCGGAUGUUGUGCCGGAGCCCGGAGAGACCGUGAUCUAGGUGGAAGUCUUGAAAUGAGAGCAGCCACUUGGAGCGAAGACUUUAUAGAAAAUUGAACAAAUUUAUUAAUGAUAUCGAUAAAAUAUUAUAAGAAAAAUUUUGACUUAAAUAACUGCAGAAGCUGGAGUUAAUCCCGGAAUGGUGACGAUGUGGAUCGCAGACGCGGUUCCCAACUGUUUUCUAGCUUCCAUCCACAGAGGUCAGCUCGUCCAGCUCCUUCUCACAAAAAAUUCUCCUAACUUCGCCGGAUAUCUUCGCACAUCUUGUGGACUCCUGUCGCUGUGUGUCGGACGAUUUUUCCCAGGCCUCAAACAAUUUCCGAACCAAUUCGUCGACGUCCUUUUCCAUACUUACAAGGUAUAAAGAACAAAAAUUGGAAGGUUUACCGUAACCGCAAAAAGAUAAAACACAGUAUUCUUAGCGAGAAAGCGCCCUAAAAGUGUUUGGUGAAUUCAGGAGCCCUUGCUGGUCUCUGACCCGAAGAAAGGUCUUCUUCUCAACAUGACUAUUGCUGUCGACCUCUACAUAAACCCAAUGAAAACGCAUCCCCAUGAUGUUUUGGCUAGAAUCGGUUCGGAAAGUUUUUUUUGUGCUUAUGAAAAUAGUGCAGGCCUGAACACAUCUACAAGCGUCUUUCCAAAGCUCCUGCCUGGAGGGAAGAUAGGCGGAGACCUAGGCUACUCCAACCUCGACCUCUACGGCGUCUUCUCCAGCAUCGGGGAGAUCUCUCCGAGGUAAUCACAAACUUCUUCUUUUUACGGUGAGUUUACAGAUUCCUGCGCGCCUUCGAUAGCCUUCUCCGCGAGACUUCUAAGGAGCUCGUGCGUACAAUCCUACGUCUUGGCUUUCCCAUUCCUUCUUUAGACAACGUCACUGUUGCAGGCAAGCCUUACUUCUGUUUGCGAAGGCAUUCUGAUUCAGAUACAACGAAAAUCGGCGUUUUGAAUGGGCAUAUUCGUCUAAAUAUCGACUUCGAAUAUAAAUAA